AUGACACAGAAGAAAUUUACAAAAGAGCUUUUGUUAGACUACAAUUUGGAUGUUUCAAGGACUGCAAAGACUCCAUUGCCUGCAAAUUUGAAGUUAUUGGAAGAUGAAGGUGAAUUGUAUUCAGAUCCUGAGCACUAUAGAAAAAUUGUUGGAAAGUUGAAUUUUCUUUCUCAUACACGACCAGAUUUGGCUUUCUCUGUUCAGACCCUAAGUCAGUUUAUGCAACAGCCAAGAUUGCAUCAUGUGAAGGCUUUACAACAUGUGUUAAGAUAUGUUUCUCAUACUUUGGGUCAAGGUAUUAUCCUAUAUGCUACUGAUCAGUUAUCCUUGACAGCAUAUUCAGAUUCAGAUUGGGCAUCUUGUCCUAAUACUAGGAGAUCAGUAACAGGAUAUGUUCUGCUCUUGGGAAAAUCACCAGUUUCAUGGAAGUCAAAGAAACAGCCUACUAUCUCCAAGAGUUCUAGUGAAACUGAGUACAGGGCUAUGGCAGCUGCAUCUUCAGAGACAACUUGGUUAGUCAAACUGCUUACUGAAUUGUGUGUUCUGAAUUUGAAGCCAGUAGCAUUACACUGUGAUAAUCAAAGUGCUAUACACAUUGGGAAGAACCCUGUGUUUCAUGAAUGCACUAAACAUAUCGAAUUGGAUUGUCAUUUCACCAGAGAAAAGGUGCUGGAGGGUCUAAUUGUGCUGACUUACACUCCCACAGCAGAGCAGCUUGCUGACAUUAUGACUAAAGCUUUGAGUUCCUUCCAGCAUAAUAAGCUUAAAUCCAAGCUAGGAAUGUAUUCUGAUGUUGAUAUAGUUCCUAGCUUGCGGGGGGAUGUUAGUGAUGACACAGCAGAGUGUGCCACGUCAGAUGAUGAGUGA